AUGCCUUCCGCGCUGACAGUCACCUUCGUGCAGUCGACGGUGCUCAACGCCAUCUCGAACAUCCUGGCCCAGCUCAUCGACCAGCGCAACAACACCACUCCAUUUACAUUGAAUGCACUAGCCCUGCUACAAUUCAUCACAUAUGGCUUCCUGAUCGUCCCCAUCAAUUUCUACUGGCAACGCGCCCUGGAAGCGCGGUAUCCAGGCUUUCCCUCGCGCGCUGAGAUAUCCACCCUCUUCUCAUCGCGCUCAUGUUCACUCCGUGCCCUCACUCUCUCCUCUUUGCGCGCCUUCCUAUCCUCUCUCUGGCCUUGGUCUGCGACCGAGGACCAGCUCCCGCACCAUCGGGAUAAGGAGCAGGAGAAGAUGGCAGAGGUGCAAGCGCAGGGACAGGGGCCGAGUCGGUGGGCGCCGCGGGCGAGGAAGUCGGGGCUGCAUGCAUUUGUGAUGAAGUUUCUUUUUGACCAGACGGUUGCCGGCAUCGUCAAUAUUGUGCUUUUUGUCGUCUUGAUUAAUCUGCUGAAGGGGGAGGCUGUGAAGCGGGUCUGGGAGUUAGUUCUUGAGGUCUUCCGGCCCAUCAUGAUUGCCCGCCUGAAGUACCGACCUAUUGUCUCAACGCUGAUGUACACGGUCAUCCCCGUGGACCGGCGGGUCGUCUUUGGCAGCGCGUGCGGUGUAAUAUGGGGAAUUUAUUUGAGCCUCUACGCAGUGGUCUAG